ACCUCUCUCUCUCUCUCUCGAUCGACAAUCACAGAUGGAAGCUCCUCCAAACAUCACUUCCUUCUCUUCCCUUGGCUUGCCUUGGGCCACAUAAUCCCCUUCUUCCAACUCGCUAAACGUCUCGCAGAUGCUGGAAUCUCAGUCACCUUCCUCACUCCUCCCUCUGUCUUCCCCCUCCUCCCUCCUUUCCACCUCUCUCUCAUCUCUUUCUACCCUCUCUCUCUACCUGCGGUCCCCGAACUCCCUGAAGCUGGCACCACUUCAGACCUCCCUCCCCACCUCCAAGUCCCCUUCAAAGCCGCCUUUGACUCCCUCCAACCCCUCUUCCACACCCUCCUCCCCAAACUCUCUCCAAACUUAAUUAUCCAUGAUUUCACCUCCUAUUGGCUCCCUGAAAUCGCCACCACGUUUGGCAUCCCCACAGUCUAUUUUAGCAUUUACAAUGCUGCCUCUAUGGCGUACCUGCACGUCCCCUAUCGUGUCACCGGAAAAUACUUUCCUCCAACAGCAGCUGGACUCACUUCACCUCCUCCAAAAUUCCCCCCCUCCGCAGUCUGUUUCCGCCCUUUCGAGGCCAAGCAACUACAAGGGGGCUAUACAUUUCCUGCGCCUGACAUCUCCGGCCCUGAGCGUAUUUUAAGAACCAUUUGUAACUCCGAUAUGGUCAUCAUCCGCUCGUGUUAUGAGCUUGAGAAGAAGUACAUUGACUUCAUAGAAACAGAGUAUCUGAAUUAUUUCAAGGACGAUAAGAAAUAUUUGCCCAUUGGGUUCCUUCCCCCUAGGCUAGGGGAUGAGGCCCAAAGUCGCCAGGAACCUUGGGCUAAAUGUGUCGAUUGGUUGGACAAACAACCAAUCAAGUCUGUUACUUAUGUGGCCUUCGGAACUGAAUGCCGACUAAAUCAAGCCCAAACAAAUGCAGUCGCAAUUGGGCUCGAGGAGUCCGGUGUCCCCUUCCUCUGGGUUAGGAGAGCCUCCAUCCAUGGGGCCUCUGAAGAGUUGCCAGAUGGUUUUCUGGAUCGGGCUCAAGGGAGAGGGCUCAUAGUCGAGGAAUGGGUGCCUCAAGCCAACAUCUUAUCUCACCCUUCCAUUGGGGUCUUCUUCUCGCACAGUGGGACUAGCUCCGUGAUUGAGGGAUUGACCACAGGCAAGCGCCUCGUGCUCUUGCCUAUGAUCAUCGACCAAGGCCUCAUUGCGAGGCUCGUGGCUGACGAGUGGAGGGCAGCCCUAGAGAUUGAGAGGGCCAAUCUGGAGGAUGGGAGCUUCACUGCAGAGUCCGUGUGCCGUGCUAUACAAAGAGCGGUCUCAGAGGAAGAUAAUUCCGAGACUUGGCACAAUGCCAAGGAUCUAAAGGCUCGGAUUUUUGGCGACACAGAGUUGGAGAAGGAUUACUUGCGCAAAUUCAUCAAUUGCGCCACCAAACUAGUAUAUAGUAAGUCCUAGAUAACGUGGAUUUCCGAUUUCCAGGCCUUUUAUCAGGGAAUCCAUGAACAAGAGUGACAAGCUCAAGGGACAACGGCAAAUUGAUCCUUGUGGUGGGUUAUGUAAAUUGAUCCAUUGUUCCCAUUUGCUGGCAUCCUUGAUUGAUGGAGAUUGGGUUUUAGA